AUUAGCAUCAAUACCAGCCAUGUUCAAUAGCACACUCACAAAGGAUGAAGCAUUCUUGUGUCCUAUUGAUGGAUUCAUUAUGAUAACAGCGAGUCAUCUGCCCUUCAACCGGAAUGGAUUCAAAAUUUUCACAAAUGCUGGUGGACUUGGAAAGACUGAUAUCAAAGACGUAUUAGAGCGAGCUGCUGAUAUAUACAAUCAAUUUACAGCUGAAAGUUUAGCAAAUUCUAAGAGAAAGGCUUCAUCAUCUAUUAAGCAAGUUGAUUACAUGAAUGUAUAUACAUCUGACCUAGUAAAGGUAGUUCGCAAAGCAGCGGGAAGCAUAGAAAAAGGUUCUGGAACCAUUCGAAGCAUUUGCUACUGGUAGUCAAUUUUUGGAGCCUGAUGGUUAUGGCAUAAAGGCUUAGAAAUCUAAGUUAAGGAUUCAAGUACAACUUCAAGAGGCAAUGCAAGACCGUGAGGAUCUAACAAAGGAAAUAGAUGUGCUCAAAGAAAAACUUAAAAAGCAACAAACACGCCAAAAGGAAGAAUAAGCUCGAGUGAAAGCUCAAUUGGAAGCUCAACAAGUUGUUGUGAACUCUCUCAUAGCGCACUUUGACAAUGAAACAAACUAGACCUUAAAGGAGUGCUGAAAUGGUGACCAUAUGCUACCUUGAGGGCUCAAGAAUGUUUUGAUGCAUAGAGACACUAAUCUAUGUUAGAACUUUUAUGUUUUGGUUGAACUAAUUAAUGUACUCACUAGCUAAUGUUAUUUUGUUUCUAGACAAUUUUAGCUAAAAGGAUCUUGUUUGACUUAUGUAUGUUUUUGUAUAUUAUAUACAUGUAAACUUGCUUA